UGUCUGCCACGAAUCUCAAUUUAGCUAGCUGAAAAAUCAAAAGAAAAUUAGUUCAUGAUGGUGAACCUCAUUUUAUAUGGAACUGAGAGCAGUCCACCGGUUCGGGCUGUUUUGCUCACCCUUCGCGCCUUGAAAUUGGAGUACGAGUUCAAGACACUGAACAUGCAGGCUGGUGAUCACCUGAAGCCGGAAAUGUUACGCAAGAAUCCCCAGCACACGGUGCCCAUGCUGGAGGAUGGGGAGUCCUGCAUCUGGGACUCGCAUGCCAUCAUCGCCUAUUUGGUGAACAAGUACGCCCAGUUGGAUGAGUUGUAUCCUAAGGAUCCUCUUCAGCGAGCCGUCGUCGAUCAGCGUUUGCAUUUCGAGACAGGAGUCCUUUUCCAUGGCAUUUUUAAGCAGCUGCAGAGAGCUCUGUUCAAAGAGAACGCCACUGAGGUGCCCAAGGAUCGCUUGGAUGAAUUGAAGGAUGCCUACGGCUUGUUGGAGCUCUUCCUGGCGGAGAAUCCCUAUGUGGCUGGUCCUAAGUUGACCAUCGCCGACUUCAGCAUCGUAGCCACAGUGAGCACUCUGCACCUGAGCUACUGUCCCGUGGAUGGGACCAAGUAUCCCCAGUUAUCCGCCUGGCUGGCACGCCUUUCCGCCUUGCCCUUUUAUGAGGAGGACAAUCUGAGGGGAGCCAGGUCACUGGCCGAUAAGAUCCGAGCCAAGCUACCCAAGCAGUUCGACAAACUGUGGCAGAAGGCCUUCGAGGACAUCAAGAGCGGAGCUGGAAAACAAUGAGGUGUUUUUAACUCGCCUUUCUUAACCAAUUGUUGUUAAAAUUAAAACUAUUAAAAUUAAAAUGAGCUUCAA